AUGGCCGCUAUGGCACAAAGUUCCUUGCGCGAUCCUGCUUUCAAUCGUUACGGAGAGGUGCUCCGCUUGGGCCAGGACCGGCGGAUCACAGAAACGGAUGCCCCGACAUUGGAGGUUCACGACAUCCCCGCACGCAACAGUCGCGCUCUCAAUGCAGCCUGGGAGCAGAAUGUAGCUGCGAAGCGGCCAUUUCUCUCGAGUUUGUGGCAGGUGCACAAGGCCACAAUCGUGUUGAUGGGGGUCUUCCAUGCCAUUGAGCUCAGCGUUGGCUUCGUGUCUCCUUUGCUGAUCCGGCCGAUGAUCGACAACUUGGACAAGUCGUCCAUCUCCGUCGGCUUGAUGUUCGCGAUUGCCUUGGCGGUAGGCCCGGCUUUACAGAACGUGUGUGCUAACCAGUUUAGCUUCCUCGGGCGUCAAGUGGGCCUUCGGUGCAAGGGAGGAGCCAGCUGCCUCGUCUUUGACAAGAUCGUGCGGCUUUCGCAACCGUCGUUCGCAGCCUACGGGCAAGGAAAGCUGUCGAACCUCAUCCAGGUCGACACAUCGCGUCUGCAGGACUUCUUCUACUUCCUCACCUUUCUGUGGUCCAUGCCGUUCAUGUUCGUCAUUGGCAUGUCGCUUCUGUUCAACAUGCUGAAGUGGGCGGCCUUUGUGCCUAUCGUCAUCAUGGUCGCCACUUACCGUUUCAACAAGCUGCUGACGAAGAGGUUGAUGACGCUGUCCUCAAAACUCAACCGCGCCCGAGACGAGCGGGUGAAGAUCGUGACGGAGGUCUUGCAUGCCAUGCGCCUCUGCAAGAUGUUGGCCUGGGAGUCGGAGAUCGCCAACAUGGUGGAAGAGCGCCGAAUCCUCGAGCUGAGGACGCUGCGGCGCCUAAAGUCGUGGCAGCUGAUUAUCGGCCUUCUGUUUGGUGGCCCGACCACGGCGCUGCUACAGCUCUUCACCUUCACGGUCUUCAUCCUUCUCGGUGGAGAUCUCACCGCAGGCAUCGUCUUUUCCUCGCUGGCCAUGUUUGACCUCAUCCAGGUUCCAAUCAACCUGUUUCCGAUCACGAUCCAGUACCUGACGCAGACGUUCGUGGCCAUGCGGCGCAUCGAGCGUCUCUUGAAGGCUGAGGAGAAAGGUCGAGGAGAGCCGGGGAAGGAUGUGCUCUACCUGCGCACGCUCCUGGAGUGUGGCCCCGCGAUGUCCCCCGUGAAGCUGCAGAGCGCGAGCUUCCACUGGGCCACGCCGAAUCGCGUGGAGUCGGAAGAGGAGGGACCUUCCCCGAGGGCAUCCCAGGCUGGAUCUCGACGCUGCUUUCCGCGCUGGUCCCGGGCCCCACGCCCGGGAUCCGAGGCGCUGCUUGCGAUGACGGCGCUGCCCGCAGCUCCGACCCGGCAAAUACAUCUCAAAGUGAACCUCCUGGAGGUGCUCCAUGGCAAGUUCGCGUUGAUAACUGGCCCUGUGGGCUGCGGCAAGAGCACGCUUCUCUCUGCCAUACUGGGCGAGGUACCACAGCUGGCUGGCCGGAUUGAGCUUCUGGGCUCCGUCGCCUACUGCGCUCAGAUCCCCUGGCUCCUGCAUGGGACCGUGCAGGACAACAUCACCUUUGGCAAACGCUAUGAUGAAGAGAAGUUCUCGAAGGUGGUAGAUGUGUGCUGCUUGCGCCCCGACUUGGCUCUGCUGCAGGAUGGUCAAGCCACCAUCAUCGGAGAGCGAGGGGUGAACUUGUCUGGCGGCCAGAAGGCCCGUGUCAGCCUGGCGCGCGCCGCGUACAGCGACUCCUCAGUCUACUUGCUCGACGACCCGCUGUCGGCCGUGGAUGCUCAUGUGGCUGUGCACUUGGUGAAGGAAUGCCUUGGUGCAGACGGCUUCCUGUCGAAGACCACACGCCUGCUGGUGAGCCACCAGGUUCAGUUUGCAACAGAGGUGGACCUGGUCGUUGUGAUCAGGAACGGGGAGGUGACCGCGGUCGGCCCGCCCCAGCAGUUCUCCAUGGAAGAGCUCCGGUCAGCCGAGAGGGCUGUCGACGAGCCCCCUGCGGAGUCCACCCAGGGCCCCAGUCGCCAGGGCGUGGAGGGUCUCGCGGAGGCGGGGCCGCCCACCCUCGAUCGUGCCCGAUCGCUGCCUCAUGGCGAGGCCUUGGGGCCUCCGCUGGAGCGGAAGGGUGCGGGAAACCAGCUGUCCAGCAAAAGCUUUACGAGAAGCACCAGUGCACCUCCCGACCCGGCUGAGUACGAGGCGCAUCGCAGGAUGAGUCGCGUGAGCUCGAUGGACGGAGAGGAGACCGCAGACACCGAAGAGCGAGCCGAAGAGGUGGAAGAAGGCGCCCUCAGUGUCCGCGUUUGGUGCGCUUUCGUGAAAGCCAUGGGUUGGGGCGUCUGGGUGGUGAUUGCCACCAACUUCGUCAGCACCGCAGGAUACCUGUGCUCUGCACUCUGGAUCGGGCACUGGCCGGAAUUAAGCGACAAGCUGGGGACCGCGGAUGCACUGGUGGUGUACGCACUCAUCUCGUUUGCGAUCGUCGCGUUCACGGCCAUCAGGCUGCUGGUGUUCCAGUACAGCUCGCUCAAGCUCUCCAGAAGCAUGCAUCAACGUGCUCUUUGGGCAGUGAUCCGAUCUCCCAUGUCCUGGCAUGACACGACGCCGACGGGCCGUGUCGUGAAUCGCUUCUCUUCAGACUUGCAGAAAGUCGACACCGACCUCCAGAACAAUGUCACGGCGCUGCUGCGUGCCUUGUUCGACAUGCUCGCGAGCUUUCUUGUGGUGCUCUUCGUGGUGCCUCUGAUCUUCGUGGUGGUGAUUCCGUCGCUGAUGGCCUACUUUUGGAUUCAGAAGAUCUACAGGAAGAGUGGCCGGGAGAUUCAGCGCAUGGCCAGCAAGUCGUACAGCCCCAUCUACCAAGGUGUUGACGAAGCUAUUGCUGGAGUGGCGACCAUCCGCGCUUACGAGAAGCAGCAGUACUUCAGCGGCCGGAAUGCCGCGAGGAUAUCUCGGAGUGUCCGCCUGGAUCUCACACUGCAGGGCUGCCAGCGAUGGCUUGGCUUCCGCCUGAAAAUGUUGGGAGCUGGCAUUUCGUCGAUGGUGGCACUCCUGGUGGUCCUCCACAGCUACCUCGGCCCACUGGGCCGCUCCAUCUCAGGCCCCGCCGCCGGCGUGGCCCUGCGUUAUGCGCAGCAGCUGAGCAAUGCCCUCGAAAGCAUUCUCAACAACCUCACCAGCACGGAGCAGUGCCUGGUGGCUGUUGAGCGGCUCACGACCUACUCAGAGCUGGAGGACGAGGGUUCGCUGGACACCGCAGAGUCCGUUCCCUCAGUAGAGGGAAGCGUCUGUUUCGAGAACGUGGUGAUGCGCUAUCGGGAGGAUCUUCCGACGGUGCUGCGGGGUCUGAGCUUCUCCAUCCCCGGUGGUUCGAGCCUCGGAGUGGUAGGCCGCACCGGCGCAGGGAAGAGCAGCCUUCUCCAGGCCCUCUUCCGCAUGUGCCCUAUCGAGUCUGGCACGAUCCAUCUCUACGGCAAGGACGUCUCGGGCCUCGGGCUCCACACGCUGCGCAAGGCCCUGGCCAUCAUCCCCCAGGAUCCCGUCGGUUUCACCGGAACUGUCCGCUUCAAUCUCGACCCCUUCACUCAGCACGAUGACCAACGCCUCUGGCAAGAGCUCGAGAAGGUGCAGUUGAAGGCGCACUUCCAGGCCAAGGAGGAAGGUCUUGACUUCCAGGUCUCCUCCGGGGGCGAAAACCUUUCUGUCGGCCAGAGGCAGCUCCUCUGCUGUGCCCGUGCGCUGCUCCGAGGUGCACGGAUUCUCGUCCUGGACGAAGCCACGGCAAGUGUGGAUUUCAACACGGACAGCCUGAUCCAGCAGGUGCUACGCAAAGAGGUGGAAACGAAGCGGCUGACCACGAUCACGAUUGCGCACCGGAUCUCCACCAUCCUCGGGGCAGAUCGUGUCCUGGUCAUGGAGGAGGGUUGUGCAGCUGAGUUUGGCCCCACGCAGGAGCUGGCAGACACAGCGUCGUCCAAGUUUGCGGCGCUGAUCCGCGCUGCGAAAGCCGCCGAGCAGAAGACCAUUUGA